AUGGCACAGCAUAUGGGAUGGGGAGCCAUAGAAGAAGGGUGGAGAAAGGGCCCUUGGACUGCUGAAGAAGACAGAUUGCUCAUUGAAUAUGUCAAGUUGCAUGGUGAAGGAAGGUGGAACAACGUGUCUAGGCUUGCAGGAUUGAAAAGAAAUGGAAAGAGCUGCAGAUUAAGAUGGGUGAAUUACUUGAGGCCAGACCUUAAGAGGGGACAAAUAACCCCACAUGAAAAAAGUAUCAUUCUUGAGCUACAUGCUAGAUGGGGAAACAGGUGGUCAACAAUUGCUAGAAGCCUGCCCGGAAGAACUGAUAAUGAAAUCAAGAAUUACUGGAGGACUCAUUUCAAGAAAAAGGGAAAACCCUCCUCGGAGAACGCGGAAAAAUCCCAUCUCCGGCUUCUGAAGAGGCAACAAUUUCGGCUACAACAACAACAACAAUACCAGCUCCAGCUCCAGCAACAGCAACAACAAGAUGAAAUGGACAUGAAGAAGAUAAUCUCAUUGCUUGAUGAGAAUGAUAACAACAAUGGACUGCCAAAUUUCCCACAAAUGAGACAAGAAAUAAUUUACCCGAACACUAACGACGAGUCGGCCUUCUUUUAUUCGAUGAUUAAUGGCUAUGCAACCAUGCUAGAGACCUCAAAUGAGGAUACUAUGUGGGAUGGCUUGUGGAACUUGGACGAUUUACAGGGAAAUUUUCCGGCUGGGAAUGCAAUAAACAGAGCUAAUUAA